CUUACUGUACAUGUGUAGCUGCUGCUUCCUUCCUCAAGAAAACCAUCCAUAACGAUCCUCCAAAUAUUCAUCAAUUUGGUUUUCACUCCUCUCCAUGAUGGAAAUGGGUUUAUUUUGGUGACUUUUCUCCCUGCUGCUGAUGGGUAACGCUUUACUUGGCGCCCCCGCUGAUCAGGCAGUUCCUCCGUCAGGUCCUGGGAUCUGGCUGUAUUCUGCUGUCAUCAUCAUAAUCUCCCGUUUUUCCUGCUCUGGGAUUAUCAUGGCUAUGAAGCAGGCCAGCCUGUGACCAUCCGCUGCUCUCCGCAGGCCUCUACUUUCACAUUAUUUACUUUGGUUUUGAGUUUGGCGGCAAACAAAGAGCCAAAAUGCUGAACCAGAGCGCUGUGAUGAUCUUCACUGGGAUCUGUGGGGCGAUGGUGUUCAUGGCCAUGGCCUACUAUGUGUACUGGUCCGUGGUUUUGGCUGACGGGCCGUGCAAACGCGGCUUGUAAGGGAACUCCACCGUGGUCGGUGGUGGUGUGUAGAGAGGAGCCCGCUCAGCCCCUCCAGGCCGCUCAGCCAUGGCUCUCCUGGCCUACCUGAAGAGCCUGUUCAUCCUGCAGCUGCUGAUGGGCUUUGUGUUUGUGGUGAGCGGCCUCAUCAUAAACUUCAUUCAGCUCUGCACCUGCAUCCUCUGGCCCAUCAACAGGCAGCUCUACCGCAGAAUCAACUGCAGGCUUUCCUACUCUCUGUGGAGUCAGCUGGUGAUGAUGCUGGAGUGGUGGUCGGGCACAGAAUGCACCCUAUACACCGACCAGGCUACGGUGGACAAGAUCGGCAAGGAGCACGUCAUCGUCAUCCUCAACCACAACUUUGAAAUCGACUUCCUGUGUGGCUGGACCAUGUGUGAAAGAUACGGGGUCUUAGGGAGUUCAAAAGUGCUGGCCAAACACGAGCUACUGAAGGUCCCUCUGAUCGGCUGGACCUGGUACUUUCUAGAAAUCGUUUUCUGCAAAAGAAAGUGGGAGGAGGACAAAGAAACGGUUUUUGCAGGCCUGGACAGGCUCAAAGACUAUCCUGAAUAUAUGUGGUUUCUGCUGUACUGUGAAGGAACCCGCUUCACGGAGAAGAAACACCAAAUCAGCAUGCAGGUGGCGGAGAGUAAAGGCCUCCCCAAGCUCAAGUAUCACCUUCUGCCCCGAACCAAAGGAUUCACCACCACGAUGCAGUGUCUGAAAGGAACAGUCACUGCUGUAUAUGAUGUGACUCUGAACUUCAAGGACAACCAGAUUCCCACUCUGCUGGACAUCGUCAAUGGCAAAAAAUACAAAGCUGACCUGCGUGUUAAGCGGUUUUCUGUGGAGGAUAUUCCGGACGAUGAACAGGAGUGUGCCAACUGGCUGCACAAGCUGUACCAGGAGAAAGACGCCUUACAGGAGCAGUACAACAAGGAAGGGAAGUUCCCCGGACCCACAAUCAUCCCCCCGCGCCGCCCGUGGACGCUGAUCAACUUCCUGUUCUGGGCCACCAUCCUGUUGUCGCCCCUCAUCAAGUUUGCAUGUGGUGUGGUCGUCAGCGGCUCCCCGCUCCUCAUCAUCGGUUUCAUCGCCUUCCUCAUCAUCGCCUCAGUAGCUAUUCGCCGUCUCAUCGGCGUCACAGAGGUGAAGAAAACAGGCUCCAGUUACGGAAACCAGGAGGCCAAGAAGCAAAAGUAAACUGUGUGACCCCCCCACUGCGGCGUCUCGCUCCCCGCCCAACUCCAUCGUCCUCCUGCCAUCGGCAGGCCGGGGAGGAGGCUCACCUGUGAAAACAAAACCAACACCAGAGUCAAAAACAGAGAAGAGAAUCCUGCCUUCAACGGAGGAAGAGAAGAAGAUGAGAAGCUCUCUGGUUUAUCACUGAUUACGAGGAGGGGGGAGAUCCAGUACUGUAAACCCACCAAACUCCCAAUUAAGUCCGUUAAACAAGAAUCAUAAGGUCAUUUUCUAAAAGCCACGCCCACUUCCUGUCAGCUGUUGAUUCCUUUGAAGCUCACGCAGCACGUCCUGAUCCACAUCGAUUCAUUUCUGUUCUGCACUGCUUCUUCCCAACACCAGGAUCCAUCGUUCCCCUUGUUCUGAUGGAAAUCGGUGCCUUUCGGCCCAGCCUGGCUUUCCUUAAUCAGUUCAGAGCCUGCUUCACACAGUGCUCCAAUUUCUACAAGUAAACCACAAAAUGGCUAAAAUUAUUGAACUGAUUGCAAAAAAA